UUAAAAAAAAUCUGUCUCUCACAGCAAACUAACGAAGAAGAAAUAUUUGCUUUGUAGCUACUGCGCAUGCUCACACUAGCAUAGCGCUGUUUAUUCCUAUUUUACUUCGUAAAUUGACGAGUACAUGAAGAGAAAUGCCACCAAAGGGGAAAGGUGGAAAAGCUGGUAAAGGAGCUGCUUCAGGAGGUGCAGAGGUAGAAAAGAAGGAAAAAGCUCCUAAAGGAGGAACUUCUGUCAAGGUUCGGCACAUCCUCUGUGAAAAACAUGGAAAAUGCAUGGAGGCGAUGGAAAAACUGAAAGCUGGAGUUCGAUUCAGUGAAGUAGCAUCACAAUACAGCGAAGACAAAGCUAGACAAGGAGGUGAUCUGGGGUGGAUGACGUGAGGGUCGAUGGUCGGGCCGUUCCAGGAAGCAGCGUUUGCUUUACCCAUCAGUUCGAUGGAUAAACCCGUCUACACAGACCCUCCCGUCAAGACAAAGUUUGGGUACCACAUCAUUAUGGUCGAGGGGAAAAAGUAGCAAUGUUUAAGCUCAGUCUUGUGAUUAAUUGUGGUCUUUUUUUAUUUUCUGAUGAUCUCUGUGCUGUUAGGAGACAAUCCUGAUGGGAAACUGUUCAGGUACUCUAACAAUGUACUCUCUUUCUGCGACAGGAAAACAAGCUUUGUGUUCUCAGAAUAAAGUUUUACAUCUCUU